AUGCUCUCUGCGACGUCUCCUCUCUCAGACGCCAUGCCGGCACCGCAAGUAAGUUUUGCCGAUAUGGAGAUGGUGGAAUCCAAUGCUUGGCCGCCAGCGCUGAUGGCUUCUCCUCAGUGUGUGAAUGGACAACUGAUAAAAAAGGAUGGAAGCAUAAAUGGGAAGAGAAAAGUGUUUAAGAACACACCAGAGAGCAUAUAUGCAACAGUUACAAAGCCAUUUUCGUACAUAGAAGGAUUUCAUUAUCUGGUUAAAUAUGUAAGGGAAAGGAUGGACAAGGAGCAUCAAGAGCGUAUAGUUCGUGCGAUAGCGACUUUUCGUCCAUCCUUUAUUGCAUUGAUUAUGAACCUUACAGAAGAGGACUUGAUAUUUAUGGAGAAAUGUUUUCAGCGGACGUUGUUGGAAUUUGAGAAACUAAUAUCGUUUUCGGGCACACCGACAGUCGUAUGGCGACGUACAGGAGAAAUUACGCUUGUUGGAAAGGAGUUUACAUUGUUAACGCAAUGGUCGAAAGAGCAGUUAGUUGGAAAAAAGUAUAUAUAUGAAGUAAUGUCGAACGAAAGUGCAACGGAAUACUGGGGGAAAUUUGCAGCACACGCGUUUGAGAGUUCGGGGAAGAGCGUGAUGACCACGUGCGUACUAAUUACUCCUCAACAAACAUCGGUGAUUUGUACUUUUUGCUUUACGAUCAAACGAGAUAUAUUUGAUAUUCCGUUGGCUAUAGUUGGAAACUUCUUACCGAUACUCAAAUGA